AUGGUUUCUGUCAAAGUUCUUCUUGCUGUGGCUGCAAUUCAGGGCUGGUUUCUUAGUCAAUUGGAUGUGAAUAAUGUCUUUCUUCAUGGUGAUUUGGAUGAGGAGGUCUAUAUGGCUCUUCCACAAGGGUUUCAUAGUCAGGGGAAGGCCAAAGCUGAUUAUUCUUUGUUUACUAGAAGGCAAGUUGAUGUUUUCAUGGCUGAGAUAGAUAGGUUCAAGGUUAUGCUAGAUGACAAGUUCAAGCUAAAGGACUUAGGUGACUUGAAGUACUUUCUUGGGCUGGAGGUUGCAAGGUUAGACAAAGGGAUUGCCCUUUGUCACAGAAAGUACACACUUGAGGUUCUUAAUGAUGCUGGUAUGUUAGGAUGUAAGCCAGCUAAGACACCUAUGGAACAAAGCCUAAAAUUAAGUAAGUUGGAGGGAGAAGAGCUUAAAGAUCCAAGCAGCUACAGAAGACUAGUAGGCAGGUUAUUGUAUUUGACAAUCACAAGGCCAGACAUCACUUUUGCUAUCCAUAAAUUUAGCCAAUACAUGUCUAGACCAAGAAAACCACAUCUAGAUGCAGCCUAUAGAAUCUUACAAUACUUGAAAAGUGAACCAGGAAAGGGUCUUAUGUUCUCUUCUAAGACAGAUUUACACUUAAAGGGAUUUGUAGAUGCUGAUUGGGCCUUAUGUUCUGACACAAGGAAGUCUGUGACAGGUUAUAGUAUCUUCAUUGGAGAUUCUUUGGUGUCUUGGAAAUCAAAGAAGCAAUCUAUGGUUUCUAGAUCCUCAGUAGAAGCUGAGUACAAGGCCAUGGCAGUUGCAACAUAUGAGAUUAUAUGGAUUUUAUACUUUCUCAAAGAUAUUGGGGUUAAACAUGAUAGAGAGGCAUUGCUAUUUUGUUAUAGUCAAGAAGCAUUGCACAUUGGCUCUAAUCUUGUUUUUCAUGAAAGGACAAAGCACAUUGAGAUAGACUGUCAUGUGGUCAAGGACAAGGUUUUGGAGAGGGUUAUAAAGCUAAAUUAUGUUAGGACUCAUUGUCAAUUAGCAGACAUGCUUUCUAAAGCAUUGGGGUACAAUCAAUUUUCUAAUCUUGUUGGCAAGAUGGGAAUGAGAAAUAUACACACACCAACUGCUCUUGAGAGGGAGUAUCAGAGUGUAGAAAGUGUUGAGCACAAGGAAGUAGCAUGA